UGUAGUACUAAUAUUAAUACCCGGCCUCCUCUUUAAAACAUCUCUCGUCUUCAGAUAGCCACGUUAUUGCAGCUAGCUAUACUGAAGAACAGCAGGUACAAGAUCUAGCUUCAUUUGUCAAUCAAAUGAAUACAGAAGCAGGGUUGUUAUCAUUGAAAUAAUAUGCUAUUGUAUACAUACGAUAGAUGUUGCCUCUAAACGGUAAUGUUCAGUAUAUUGAACGUUUUAGAGUAUCCUGUUGAAGUUGACAUAGCUAUUCGACAUCAUCAUGUUGAAGGUAUGAAGAUAUCACUAAGCGCUCUUGCCAGUCUGUAUCUGUAUGGAAUACACUGCUAGAUCCCAAUUAAGGGAAUAUUGCAGCGGGUGAGAGAGCGCAGAUGUAAUUAAUCGCACGAUUCGAGGGCUGAUUUAAAUGCCUUGAUAGUUUCACAAUUGAGUCACUUAGGUGGUUCCAGUCUAUUGUUGUUCUAACAAGGAACGAGUUCCUGUACUGUUCAGACCUUGAUGGAACGAUGAAACCUCUGUUGUUUAAACGGGCUGAACGGUCGACAAUGUUGGUGGUAUCAAAGUCGGUAUAUGAUUUGGUACGGAUGUUCCUGCCUUGUUUGCGGGCUGUCGGGUAUCUCCGAGGUGGCAUGGCUGGCUCCAACCCCUCAACGACUUUGUAGUUGUAAGUCAGCCUGAUGUUGCAGCGCCUCUCCUGGAGUGGUGGUAACUUCAGCUCCUUGAGCAUCGAUGUAACGCAUCCCGGGUCUCUGGUUUUGUACACCGUACGUCUCCCGAGAUGAAUCUGGCGGCUCAGUGUUGCACUCUCUCAAUUUUGUUUAUGUCUCGUGGUGUAAUAUCGGUCCCACACGACUGUACCGUACUCUAGAAUGGGGUGUAUGAGUGAUACAUAUGCACUGUGUCUUCUAAGUGGUGGGCAGCUCCGUAAGUUCCUAUGUAGGAAGCCUAAGGUCGAAUUGGCUUUUUGGUGGUGUUAUCUAUUUGAAUGCCCCACUUUAGAUCCUCUGAGAUGGUAAUACCAAGGUAAGGGUUAAAUGGGACCUGCUGGAGGAUGGUGUUGUCCAGGCUUUAGAAGUGUUUACUCUUACCCCGGAUGCUGAGGAUGUAGCAUUUCUUUGCAAUGAAUUUCAAGAUUUUGCCCACUUUUCCAAGUUUUGAAGGCCUUGUUGUAAAGUAAAAUGGUCUUGUUGACAUCUGAUUGUGCGGUACAGCAAACAGUCAUCUGCGAAGAGCCUCGUUUGGGAGUUUACACUGGCUGGUAGGUCAUUGAUGUAACAGAAACAGUAUCGGGCCGAGGACGGUCCCCUAGGGGACACCGGAGUCCACGGUAACUUGAUGUGUAGUCUGGCCCUCUAAUACAACCUGCAUAAGCAGUAAGAAACUGUGAGCCAUGUGUGUAUUUGACUGUUUACGUAUGAUGACAGUUUGUGUAGGAGUUGUUUGUGAGGCACAGUAUUGAAUGCCUUCGAGAAUUCUAGUAUUGCACAGUUGAUCUGGUUGUUACUGUCGUGUGCUUGUAGUAGGUCCUCCAUGGUGACUAAUAGUUGGGUUCGCAGGAAUACCCGGACCUGAAGCCGUGGUUUGAGGUGGUAAGUAUGUUGUUAUCCUCUAGAUGUUUCAUGAGUUGACCGCAGAUGAUAUGUUCUAGUAUCUUGCACGAUACGCAGGUCAGUGAGAUUUGACGGUAGUUUUCUGCAAGGUUUUUUUCUCCCUUUAUAAAUACACUGGAAAUAUUGGCUUUUAGCCAGUCUGAUGGUAGUGAUCCAGUGUCUAGCGAUAACUGAAAUACAGCACUAAGGCCGGGUGAGAGUUCCUCACCGCAGCCGAAAAGGAUCAUAUUUGGAAUCAGGACCAUAGGAUUUUGCAGUGUUAAGGUUGUGCAGGAGUUUCGUGACCCCGUAGACUUGGAUGACAAUGUUUGUUAGUGGAUGUCAGAUGGCUGCCCUAUGUAGUUCCGGUACUCGGUUGGGUCCUCCUUUGUGAAGACAGACUGGAAUUUACUUAAUGAUAUGUUUGCCUUUUGUAGACUGUCGCUGGUUAGUGUACCUCGAUCUUUCAGGGGUGAGACGUCGAUGUUGUCCUGUUUUCGAGAUUUGAUGUAACGCCAGAAAGAUUUGCUGUCAUUGUUUUGAGUCCUUCUUUGCUGGUUUAUAGAGUCUUUGUUUGCGUCUGAGUAUUUUCUUGAUUUUCCUAUUUACCCACGGCAGUGAUGGUCGUAGACUAGAAAGUCUGGUCGGUAUGUUUUUAUCCAUGCUGUGUAGGAUUCCUGUUUUAAAUGUUUCCCAUGUUUCUUCAAUUGUACCUCCACUGUUUGCUUUGUAGAUGGUGUUGGACGAUGUUUUCUUACAGUCCUGUUUAAGUUGGUCCCAGUUUGGUUGUGAAUAUUUGUAGAUUUUGAGUUGUUGUUGGUUGUAUACCGGUUUAAUGUCGAUGUUGGUGACUAUGGCAUCGUGGUCUGACAAGUCACUAAUACUUAAGUACUAAUUGAGGACUUUUAAAACUAGUGUAGGGUUGGAUGUGAAUACCAAGUCAAACAUAUUUUGCUCUCUUGUUGGUGUUUCGUGAAUCUGGAUAAGGUUGUCGGAUGUUACAUCUAUUAAGGCUUGUUGGAUCGCCUUAUCAGAGGCGUGGUUAACGUUGCUCACGUGUUGGCUUGACCAGUCUAUGUUAGGACAGUUAAAGUUCCCAGGAAGCACUGUACUUCUCGGGUUUGGAAUGUUGGAAAGCUUGUGUAACGAGUUGUUAAGUUCCUUGAUGUCUUUCAUGUUCCGAUGAGGCAUGUAUAAGUUCCCGACAUAGAUGUCUUUGUUCCUCGGUAGUUUUACCUUGACCCAUUCAAUUUCGCAGUCGGUCACUAGGCACUGUUCCUCUGAUGACACAAUGUUGUCCUUAACUGGUGUAAAGACUCCUCCUCCAAAUGAGCUGCAGUUGUUCCUUUACGCUACGAAUGCUGGGUCUGUUCAAAGGUGUUUCAAACGCCUGUGGUCUGUUAACAUUUAUUUCCUACUGAUACACUACUGAGCUUCUAAUUUGAAGGGUAAUUAAGACCAUUUAACAUCAUAAUCAGCAAAUUAAAGCUAUCAUCUGGUCUGUUAUAAAUGUACACUGUCUCGUGUAGAAUACCAGAAUAUGUGUGUAGCAUGAUAAUGAAAAUGACAGAGACUUUGAAUUGAGGUGAUGAUGAUGACAAUGUAUUGAGAAAUAUCAGUUAACCAGAUGGUGAACACUUUCAACUCAAACAAUUUGAUUUUAUACAUUUCCUACUUAGGAUCUGGAAAAUGUUGAUGAUUGUACUCAUGUAUCAUGCGUUCUUAGAUAUGGAAGACAUUAUUGAUGUCUUUCUUCGUGGGUGAAAUAGGAAACACCCCAUCAUGCCAUGUACCCACCCCAUCAUGCCAUGUACCCACCCCAUCAUGCCAUGUACCUUUUACCUUUUAUGUAUUUCAAAAAUAUUUGUGUAGCAUUUGUGUCAAUUUUAUCAUUCCAGGCAGUUUGACACCAGUUUACCCCUAUGGACAAACUUGAAACAAGUGAUGUCUGAAGCCUCCAAUGAUGAUCGCAGUGUUGUCACUAAAAAUGGAUUCAAAUUUAAGAGAACCAGCCUGAACAAAGGGACUAAACAUGUGUUCAGUAACAAGUUUAGUCUGGAGAGCAGUACUAAGAUACAAACACAAUCCUCAGACUUUAAAUUCUCAGCCCCAGUGACAAAUGCCAGACCUUCGAAAGCGGACCUCUCCCAAACAAAGAAAAAUGUCAAUUCAUCGAGUUCACCCAUUCCUCCACUACCAACGAUCUGUGUGGACGAUUACGAGGACAAUGAAGAGUGGCUUACUACACGACCAAUCCCAAAAUCUGCCCAAACUACAUCUAAAUUUGUUCCCAAAACAUCAAAGUCCUCAACAGCAGCCCUCUCUCCAGCAAAGGAUAAUGUCACUUCGUCGAGUACACCCAUUCCUCCGCUACCAAUACCUAUCUGUGUGGACGAUUACGAGGACGAUGAAGAGUGGCUUACUACACCACCAUUUCCAAAAUCUGCCCAAACUACAUCUAAAUUUGUUCCCAAUGCAUCAAAGGUGUGGAAACAACAAAUGUCAAUUACUGACUUUACUGGUAAAGAUAUCAAGCCUUCGAAACCUGUCGCCACAGUAGCACCACACAGUUUGCCUGGACAGACAAGCAAGUCUAAAACUGACCAGUCCUUCCUCAAAAGUAGCAUGAGUAAGGGACCAGGGCGACUGUUGUACACAGGGAAAGAAGAUGAUGCUGAUGAUGACCUAUUUGGUCCUUCAUUUUCUGAACCAAAAACAUCCGAGGCAUCACACGACUAUUUAGAUGCUUCACAAUCUAGGACAUUUGCUGAGCCAGCGUUCAGUACCAAAACAAAACAAAAUAAACCUGUCGGGACCAGCACAAGUAUAAACAUUCUACCAACUGGUGACAAUGAUGAUUCCCGUGACUUCACAACAGUGUCUCCAAUUUUAAAACCAAAGGCCAUUUUGUCUCUCAAGCGUAGCAAGCAUUUCAGGGGUAAAGAUGGUCUAAACGACAGUGCUGAAUCAAGGAAAAGCAAGACAUUUCAGGAACAGGAGCCAGAUCUGACAGAUUUGAAUGGUGAUGGCAGCAUGAUGCAACAACUAAAGCGACGACGAACUGAGACAUUUCCAUCUGUUCCGACGACAUCAGAUAGACCUAUUACAGAUAGCCCUAUGCCAGGUGAUAAAGAAAAUGAGAAGAUCGACCCUUUGCUACACCCAUUACUGAAGAAGCCAGCAGGACAGCUGAGUGGUGAAGAUGUUGUGGAGCUCAGGACCGUGUUACUGCGUAUCAUGGAUGAGACUUGUGACAUCAUUUCUAAGAUCAGCACGGAUGAUCUCAUGGUCAUUGCCUGGCAGAACUAUGAGCGGCUGCAGAAACUUCUCAAAUUCAGGAAAAGCAUAAAAUUAAAGGCCGAUUGCUUCUCCUCUCCACUGGAGAAUACAUCUGUCCAACAGAAGUUUGCAGACGGGGGCCUUCCCCAGUCGAACAUUUCCUCACGGCCACUUCCAUACAGAAACCUAUCACCUGCUAGUACCUCUACACCCCUCCGACUUCAAGGGCUGGAUUCUGCAAUGCCAAGAGGUGAAGCCAGUGGGCUCAUGGACAAGAGUGUUAAAAGGAUGUCAAGCAGUUCAGUUAAUGCUUUUGGCUCACCUAUACCUUGUGGCGAAAGCUUCUUCGAGGAUGAUGCCAAACUAACACAGUCCCACGCUAAAUUUAUGGCUAGCUUUAGUAACAAGUCUGUGGGUUCUCCUGUUUCGUUCAGUAGGAAUUCCCCAGUCACAGGGGUGACCUCUCCUCCUGUGCUGAGCCUGAGUAGGAGUCUAGCUGUUGGGAACAGCUCCAGUCAUGCAGACACUAACUUCACAAGAGGCUCUGAUGUAGUCACAUCUAACUUUGACUUCAAUUACAAGAUCGCACAGCAUGAGGGACCUAGCUCCGAAAAGAGGCCAGGUCACAUUGAAACCUCCGUCACAGCACAGGGCUCUCUCCAUGAUGACAUGGGCAAUGACAUGUUUAUUGACAUCGAUGACUAUGAAUUUGAUGAGGAAGAAAAUGAAGAAUCUGAUAUGCCAUCUAUUAACCAUACUCCUAGACGGACACAACAGACAGAUACAGGUGCUAGUAAUGCAGCUCGGAGUGGAAACAGAAGUUUUCAAUCUUCCGAUUACCCAGCAUCCGAGCCGAGCAGUUGUCAAAAGCAGCCUGAAGAUGCCAACAAGCGAUUCGAUGGAUACGAGUUUUCACAUAGCAAGGAGAUGAUGAAAGCAUUUACCUCGGUGUUUGGUCUGCGUAGCUUCCGGCACCAUCAGCUUCAGGCAAUUAAUGCUUCUCUUUUGGGGAAUGACUGCUUCAUCCUCAUGCCUACAGGUGGAGGAAAGAGUCUGUGUUACCAACUGCCAGCCCUUGUGUCUGGGGGGGUGUCCAUCAUUGUUUCUCCCCUCCGAGCUCUCAUACAGGAUCAGGUCCAGAGACUUAAUUCAUUGAUGAUCCCAGCAGCCCAGCUGUCCUCUGAUCAGAACAAAACACAGGCUGACUUUAUUUACACCAAACUGUCCUACAGGAAGCCGGAGAUCACUCUCCUCUAUGUCACCCCAGAAAAGAUAUCGGCCAGUGACAAGCUGAACAACUGUUUAGACAACAUGUACCGAAGAAGGAUCCUGUCCCGAUUUGUCAUCGACGAAGCUCACUGUGUCAGCCAGUGGGGUCAUGACUUCCGACCAGAUUACAAGAAGCUGAACAUCCUACGUGAACGGUACCCUGAGGUCCCGAUGAUGGCUGUGACCGCUACAGCCACUCCCAGGGUCAGAAAGGACAUCAUUCACCAACUCAAGAUGAAGGACCCUAAAUGGUUUGUGCAAAGUUUCAAUCGGCCUAACCUUCGUCUGUCAGUGGAACCUAAGAAGCCCUCUACACUGACAGCUGACAUCAUUAAACUGAUCAAGGAGCGGUUCUCUGGGAAAUGUGGCAUUGUGUACUGUCUGUCCAGAAAGGAGUGUGACAGCACAGCUCAAGAUCUCGGUAAGGCUGGCAUCCAGGCUGUGUCCUACCACGCUGGCCUUGGGGAUGGUGAGAGGAUCAGCAUACAGGAGAAAUGGCUCAAUGGCAACAUGUGUAAAGUGAUCUGCGCCACUAUAGCCUUCGGUAUGGGAAUAGACAAGGCAGAUGUGCGUUUUGUGAUUCACUACUCACUACCUAAAUCUAUGGAAGGGUACUACCAGGAGGCGGGCCGGGCCGGGAGAGACGGACAGCUGGCCUAUUGUCUCCUGUACUAUAACUAUCAGGAUGUCAAACGUAUCCGACGCAUUUUAGAAUUGGACAAAAAUGCAACCUACGAGUCGAAGAAAGUGCACAUUGAUAAUCUGUUUCAAAUGGUUCAGUAUUGUGAGAACGUGGCAGACUGCCGACGUGCCCAGCUCCUGAAUUACCUGGGAGAGCACACCUUUGACAGGAGUGGGUGUGGCAGCUUCAAAGGUUCAAUGUGUGACAACUGUGCUUCAAAGGACUUGUUCCAGCUCCGAGAUGUCACGGAGGAUGCCAAGCAGAUCAUUAAAUGUGUGAGGUCGCUCACCAGCUCCGGGACUGGACGUAACUCUGAUUACACACUGCUUCACUUUGUUGAGAUCUUCAGAGGUUCUAGCAACAGUAAAAUCAAAGACCAAGGCCAUGACAAGCUGCCACUUCAUGGGCGAGGAAAAAGCUACAGCCGCCAUGAUGCUGAGAGACUGCUGCGGAAGUUAGUUAUAGACGGUAUAUUGAUGGAGCACCUGAAGACAACAGCCAUGGAACACAUGGCCUGCUACAUCAGGAUAGGACGAGCCGCAAACGAUGUCAUGAUGGGCAACAAAAAGAUAGAACUACAGGUCCAGGGUAACCGCUCAAGGAGUGCCGUCGCUAAGAUUGGUCGGGGCACAGUGUCCAAGCAUGACAACCUCGUGGAGGAGUGCUACACUGAGCUACUGGAACUGGCCAAGACAAUAGCUCAAGAGCAUGGAUUCAAAAAUGUGGACCGUUUAUUCCCGCUGGCUAUGCUUCGCCAGUUGGCUGAAGAAACGCCACUGACCGUUGAUGAAAUGACCGACAAAAUAGACAAUUUGCCACAGUACAAGGUGACCAAGUAUGGAGCCGAUCGCUUUCUGGACAUCACCACCAAGUAUUGUGUCCUCAUGUCCACUGCAGCUGAGAGUGAGGCGGCCCAAUCUGGGGCUAACCAGACUUCCACUGGGCCUGACCCAGACUGGGAAUCACCCUAUUUCGAGGAAGAGGAGACCGGUUCUGGCAGAUACAAGAAGAGAGGAAGCGGAAGAGGGAGAGGUUCCUUUAAGAAGAAAUUUGGAGGCAGGAAGAAAAAAGCAGCGGGGAAAGCAGCGGGAAACAAGACUUUUGGGAAUUCAGAGAGCAGCGGAGGAUUCAGUCAGUACACCUAUCAAAAUUCUUCAGGCUCAUCCAAGCGUGGAAGGGGAGGCAAAUCUAGGGGGCGGGGAUCUCGUGGGGGAGGCAAUACCCUCGGCUUUCUUCCUGCUCCCAAUACCAAGCAAAGGUCCUUCCUUGGUGGAACUGGAGGGGCCUUCUUUGGAUGACACUAGUGUCUGUUCUAAGUGGUUCUUCAAACUGCAGAUACUGACAAUUGUGGUUCUUGUUUCCAAAUUGAAGAAUAAAUUGUUCAAUUCUCUUCAAUCAAAGAUUUCAAAGUGUGUCGGAACAACCGCUAUAGGAACAAAAAGGUAGUCAGUGUCUUCUAACAGUUUGAAUCAGUGUAACUGUAGUGGAAUGCCUGUGAAGAUAUAUGGAUGUUUGGAUGGGUUUAAUAUUGUUAUAUGACUUAAAGACAAAGUUUUACAGUGUUUAAGUAAGCUAUCUGAGUUUACAUGUGAAUCUAUAUAUUGCAGGGACUUCUGUCUGGAUAGAGUUGUGUAAUAGUAAAUGGUUUGAACAUGUUUUACUCUUCAUGACAAAUGUAAAAUCUGGUAAGAUGGAACAAGAAUGUAUGUAUUAAGUAUAUUACCCAUACAAAGUAUCAUUGAAUGAAUAAGAUGAAUUAGUCAAUUUCUUUUUCUCAUCAUAAUAUUAAUACUUAAAUUAUUUUGGUAGCAUGCCGAAAAUAUUGCUGGUAAUUAAAAUAAAGGUACCUCAUUAUACUGACACCAUUUGUACAGAAAAUGUUUUGCUUUGUAAAGGGUUUAAGCAAUAAAUUGAAGGAAACAUAUGAAGUAGUUCUUAAGAAAAAGAAGAAAUGGAACUUUGAAAUAAUAUGUUGUCCAUAAGCGAGGUGGUGGCAAGUGGAACUGAGGUUAUUAAAUUGAGGUUUUGGUAUUGCUUCAUCAAUAUAAAAAUGAAGGAAAAUGUUCCACCUCCAUAUAGAUUCCUACCGUUAUAUCAUUUUGUUCUUUAGCAGAUCAUGACCAGGUAAGCUGUUCCACAGCAGUAUUACUACAUGUAGAAGCUAAGGCCACAGGGUCUUGUUGACAUUUGUUGGAUGUUAAGAUACAUUUGGUUGCAUUUACCUUGAGAAACCCUCCUAGUGUAUCUUAUCUUGCAACACUUGCCAACAAGACCCUGUGCUUCUAUUUGUCUAUCCUUGUAAAUACAUCCCUACGAAUGUCUGCAUUUCCCUGUGCAUUCUUAAAUUUCCUUUCCACUGAUGAUGGCAUGCUGUAUAUCAGCUAUUUUUCAUAAAGGUUUUAUAUUCACUAUACAAUUGUAUUGGUAUUUAGAGAAAACUUGUUUAAUUGUGAACAGCAGCGAAAUAUUAGGUACAAUUUCACUAAUGUAAAUGUAGUAUGCUCUUUAUGAUAUGGAAUCAGGUGCUCAGCAAACACCAGUGAAUAUGUUCACGAUGCAAAAUAGGAAAUAUUGGCCUCAUGUAUUUAAAACACUACCCAGCAAUAAGCUUGGAAUAGAUUUUUAGCCCACCAUCAUCUGAUGGUGGGCUAUUCAAAUCACCCUGCGUCCGUGGUCCGUCG